AGUAAAUAAUGGUAUAUGCUCCACACCUCUUCAGUCAAAUAAUCAAAACAACCCUGAGGAGCACUGCGACGUGGGAAUCCAGUGCAAACGCGCUGAUUGGCUGCCUCGCCUGUCAAUCAACAGCAUAGGCUAGGAGGGUUCGUGAAAGCACGUUUGUGCUGAAUGAGCUCCGGUGUUUGGCUCGGCUUCACAAGUUUCCCCUGGACGAUCAUGGGGGCAGGAGUGUGUAGUUAAUUGACACAAUCAAUAGAAAGUUUCCGCUCACUUUGCGCGUGUUUCGGCUUCACCUGGACUCGUUUUGUCAAAUGUAGGAGCGCAGGAGGUUUUGAGGUUUCUUACCCCUGAAGAGCGACUGAUCAGAAGUCUCACAUUGGAAAGCCAGACACAACAGUAAAGAUGAACAGCCUGUCUUUUGACGAUCCUUCGCUGGAUACUCUGGAUCCAACGUUGUCGCUCAAUGAUCCCAGCGACAUCGACACGGUGCUCUUAAGCGACAUUGAUGACAUGCUACAGCUCAUCAACAACCAGGACAUGGAGUUCGGAGGGCUGUUUGAUAACCCUCCGUACACAGCGCCAGCUCCCAACCGAGAGCUUCCUGGUUUGACCCAGUCCAUCGCCACGGCGCCCCCUCCGAGCACCACUACCACACCCCCACCUCCCUCUUCCAUCCUAAGCAGCAGCCCCCACCUGGAUGCACUUCUUGGCCCUCCCAUCACCCGCAGUUCAUCCACCCCAGACAAGACCUUCCAGCCCCCCACAUUCCAGCAGUCCCCCCUGGCCCAGGUGCCCAUCGCAACCCAGAGGCAGCAGCCGUCCCCCCCGCAGCAGGUUUUGACCAUGCAGCAGGCCAAGGUGGAGCAGCCCAAACCUAUCCUCAGCCCGCCUGCCCCAGCCCAGGCACCUUCACCGCACGGCUCACCUGUAUCAAACCUAGCUUUCACCUCAACGCAGCAGGCUCUGUUCACCUCGCCGACACCACAGACUCCGCCACAGACACAACCACAGCUUCAGACUCAGACUCAGCCCCAACAGACCCGGACCAUCUACAGCAGCCAGAACAGCUUCACAGUCGCCAGCAGUGUGAGCCAACCCGCUGCCAGCUUGUCAUCCUCGCCUCCAAGUGUUCAGCCGGUGACCAUCCAGACUCAUCUCCAGGCGCUGACCACCGCCUCUCCUCUCCUGACCACGACAGUGAGCUCGUCGGCUCAAGCCAUCGCGCCGCACGUUCAGCAAGUCCCUGUGCUGCUGCAGCCACAGUUCAUCAAGGCCGAGUCUCUGCUGCUGACCACUCUGAAGCAUGACCCGUGCAUCGUCACCACCAUGGCCUCGCCCACAUCCCUCGCCACCACCAACCCAGUACAGAGCACCUCGCUGCAGGCCUUUAUGGGCGGUGGCACCAUCCUGACCACAGUUCCUGUCAUGGUGGACACCGACAAGCUGCCCAUAAACCGCAUCGCCAUCAGCGGCAAGCCCUUCGGCCAGCCGCACAAGGGGGAGAAACGCACGGCCCACAACGCCAUCGAGAAGCGCUACCGAUCGUCUAUUAAUGACAAAAUCCUGGAGCUCAAAGACCUGGUGGCUGGAACCGAGGCCAAGCUCAACAAGUCUGCAGUUCUGAGGAAGGCCAUCGACUACAUCCGUUACAUUCAGCAGACCAACCAGAAACUCAAGCAGGAGAACAUGGCUCUGAAGAUGGCAGCACAGAAAAACAAGUCUCUCAAGGACCUGGUUGCCAUGGAGGUGGACGAGAAGGCUGACGUGAAAGCCGAGCUGCCCACCCCGCCGGCCUCUGACGUGGGCUCUCCCUCCUCUUUCUCACACUGUGGCAGUGACUCUGAGCCCGACAGUCCAAUGGGGGAGGACACAAAGCCGAAUGUGGGCAUCCUAGACGGCGCGGCAGCAGGAGGCGGUGCUGGCGGGAUGUUGGACAGAUCCCGCAUGGCGUUGUGCGCCUUCACCUUCCUCUUCCUCUCCCUCAAUCCUCUCGCUGCACUGCUCUGCUCCUCCGGAAGCAGCUCAGCUGAAAGCGCUGCAGCCGGCGGCGCCACCCAUCACGCAGGAAGGAGCGUCCUGGGUGUGGACAUCGCAGCGGACUCGUUGGGCUGGAUGGACUGGAUGCUGCCGACUAUCCUGGUGUGGCUGCUGAACGGUGUUCUGGUGUCAGGGGUUCUCAUCCGACUGUUGGUGUACGGAGAGCCGGUGACCAGACCACACUCUGGAUCCUCUGUGUUGUUCUGGAGGCACCGCAAGCAGGCUGACCUCGACCUCGCAAGAGGAGAUUUUGCCCAGGCCAGUCAGAACCUGUGGACCUGUCUGAAGGCUCUUGGUCGACCGUUACCCAUCUCCCAGUUGGACCUCGCCUGCGCUGCCCUCUGGUCCCUGCUGAGAUUCUGCCUCCAGCGUCUGGGUGUGGGCCGCUGGUUGGCUGCCCGGGCUGGAAGGCUGCGAUCAGACCGCCCCCUGCAGGAGGACGCCUGCAAGAGCAGCCGUGAUGCCGCCCUUGUUUACCACCGCCUGCACCAGCUGCACAUGACAGGUAAGCUGAACGGUAGCCACCUGUCAGCAGUGCACAUGGCUCUGAGUGCCGUGAACCUGGCAGAGUGUGCCGGCUCCUGCCUGCCUGUGGCCUCUCUGGCUGAGGUCUACGUCUCUGCAGCUCUGCGGGUCAAAGCCAGCCUGCCAAGGAUCCUGCAUUUCACCUCUCGUGUGUUCCUGAGCAGCGCUCGCCAGGCGUGCCUGUCGUCCAGCGGCAGCGUGCCUCCAGCGAUGCAGUGGCUCUGUCACCCACUGGGUCACCGCUUCUUUGUGGACGGUGACUGGGCUAUUCGCAGCACUCCUAAAGAAAGCAUCUACAGCCAGGCUGGAAACACCGUGGACCCUCUGGCCCAGGUGACUCAGGCGUUCAGAGAACACCUCCUGGAGAAAGCUUUGUACUGUGUGGCCCAGCCCUGUGGAGAGACGAGCCCCAACCAGGGCGAGGGGGAGUAUGCUGAUGCUCUGGAGUACCUCCAGCUGUUGAUUAGUGCAUCGGACGCUGCAGGUGCCACCUCUCAAUCCUUCGCCAUCGGCUCCAACAUGGCGACUGUGACUGGCUGUGACCCUCAUUCCAAGUGGUGGUCCUCGGUUGCCGUGGUGAUCAUCAACUGGCUCCAAGGAGAUGAUGCUGCUGCAGAGAGAUUGUAUCCCACCGUUGAGCACCUGCCCCGCAGUCUGCAGAGCGCAGAGAGUCUUCUGCCCAAGGCGUGUCUAAACACAUUCAGGGCGGUGCGAGCUCUGCUGUCCAAGCCAGAAAACUGCCAGCAGAGUCUGAGCUACAGCGACAAGGCCAGCACCCUGCUUCGAGACAGCCUCAACCUGGGACCGCACUGCCACAGCUCCAGUUUAGACAAGGUAGUCCAGUUGCUCUUGUGCGACCUCCUGUUGGUCAUGAGGACCAACGUGUGGCGCCUGCAGCAGCAGCAAGGGACCGGUCCUGCAGGGUCGGGGUCGGGGUCAGUGGGCACCAGCGGUCCUGCAGGGCUCCACCAGGCCUCGCCACCAGAGCUGCAGGGCUUUCAGCAAGAUCUCAGCUCACUACGCAAGCUGGCGCACAGCUUCAGGCCUGCAAUGAGAAGAUUGUUCCUUCAUGAAGCUACAGCCAGGCUGAUGGCGGGGGCCAGCCCCACCCGCACCCAUCAGCUCCUAGAUCGCUCGCUGCGACGCAGAGCGACGCCCGGAGCCAAGACAGAGGAGUGCGAGACGCGGCCCGGCCAGCGGGAGCAGGCGGAGGCUGUCAUGCUGGCGUGCCGCUACCUUCCUCCCUCCUUCCUGUCGGCUCCAGGCCAAAGGGUGGGCAUGCUGGCCGACGCGGCCCGCACGCUGGAGAAGCUGGGAGACAAGAGGACCCUUCACGACUGCCAGCAGAUGAUCAUCAAGCUGGGCAGCGGCACCACCGUCACCAACAGCUAGAGGGAGGGGGAGCAGGGGGGAGGGGCAGCAAGCCAUGCAUGGACGCUGUGUGUGGGAACAUCUUUGACAAAGAAAAAAAGACACCGAAAAGAAACCCCUGCAGCCACACAACCACACAGUCUCUUGUAUUUAUGGUGUGCACCUAUUGAACAGAUUCAUUCAACUUCAUGUUUUCAUAUUGAACUGUCAGGAAUUUUCUUGAUGGAUUGUCCCUCCCACCACUCCCAUCACCCUAAACCCCACAUCAGGAGGCACUUGUAGAGUUCACACUCUUGUUGCUGUGGAUUUUUUUACCAGAGUUUAAGAAGCAUUUGUCCUCUUACCCGAGCUGAACCGCCAAUUGAGAAAGCAUUGCAGUGCCACAAUUUGCCCACAAAGAGGAGCCAUCACAGUUCAGUGUGAAUGAUGUGUGUGUGUGUGUGUGUGUGUGUUUGUGUGUUUGUGUGUUUGUGUGUUUGUGUGUGUGUGUGUGAGAAAUGACAAAGAAAUCUUUGCCCUGCAUUUAUUAAACAAACUCCCACCCCUGAUCUUUUCAACAUGGAUGCACCUUCUUCAGGCCGAGUGCUCAGUGGGUUGGGUGUGUCGGGCUGCUCUGAUUGGCUGCAGUGUGAGACGACCAAAUUCGGAUUCGGACCGACCUUGAGCUUGUCCAGUGGGAAGCCGCUCUCUGCAGGUUGUUGAAAGUGUGCGACAGUUGAUUAGAAUCAUGUUUCAGUGAUCAUCUGAGGCGAGGCGAGCCCCUGCACAAGCUCUGUGACUUUUCUGCACUAGCCCUGCGAGGCUGAUUUCAAUGAGAUGAGAAAAAAAAAUAUGGCUUUAUGAGGUUACUUUCAUAGACGUCCUUUUUCUUUUCUUCUUUUUUCUUUUUUGUUGCCGUGUACAUAUUUAAAAAAAGGUAUUUAUAAUCUGUAUGAACUUUAAUUGAGCAGUAUUUUGCAUAAGCAGAGUGUGUUUCCCUUGAAUAUGUUUUAUUUGGUAGCUUUCAGCCAGGCCUAAGUAGUAGUUACUGCACUGUAUCGCCAUGGCAAUAAGUGUCAAACAGAGACAGUAUGAUGUUGUCGACCUCUUGCACUGUUGCACAUAAGUAACUACGUCAUUGUGAGGAAUUGGCAGAGUUCAAUUUUGGCAUAAAAAAAUGAAGAUAAUUUUUGUCGCUUUUUUUUCAACGACUUUCAUACUGUAAGUCAUACGACCGAUUUGAAAGUAAUUGACUGUGAUUCUUUCCAAAGAGGACCUGCAGUGAAUUCCAGUGUUUUCUGUGUAGCUCCAACAUAACGAGCUGUACUCGCUCUUUCAGUCAUUAUACUUUCAUGUUCCUACAGAAACACCAUUUAUGGACUUUUAGAGAACUGUAAGACAUUUAAAAAAAAAAAAAAAAAAAAAAAAACAUUGUCCAGCAUGUGUUUCUGUCCAAGGACCAGUACAUUUUUAUAGUGUGUCACUAAUGUGAAAGACUGAAAGUCAUCGGAGUGAAGUGAAUGAGAUGCACCCGUGUCUAAAGGUAUUAUUCAUGUGUCCUUUUAACCAACAUCUUUUCAUCUCUUCCCUUUUUCUUUACUUUCAACCUUUUAUGAUGUAAAUAUUAAAGCAUUUUGUAAAGACGAA